AUGGCGCCCACGGACAUCGUCAUCCUCGGUGGGGGCAUCACUGGACUUUCUUCCGCGUUUCACCUAGCUCGUCGCUUUCCCGACGCCCGUAUCACGCUUCUCGAGAAGGACACCCAGCUCGGCGGCUUCUUACGCAGCGAGCGAGUGCAGGUUGAGGUACAGGAUGAAGCUGGCGGCAAAGCAGAGGCGAGCGUGUUGCUCGAGGGGGGUCCGCGCACAGUGAGGCCUGUCGCACUCGCCGUGCUCGAGUUGGUGAACCUACUUGAUCUCACGCCGUCGCUAGUCAUUGUCUCACGCAAGACAGCGGCAGCACGCAAUCGUUUCCUGCAUCUGCCAGGCACGGACGGCCUCUCACGCAUCCCCAGCUCGCUGACCGGAUUGCUGACGACACCACUCGGGCACAUCUUACUCCCUGGCGUACUCCGGGAUGCAUGGAGGGGCGGGAACGGGCCUGCUCCUGCAGAUGCAGAUGAGUCCGUAGCUUCCUUCCUCGGGCGCCGCUUUGGCCCGGACUUCGCGCGUACGUUCGGCAGCGCGUUCGUACACGGCGUGUAUGCGGCCGAUUCGCGGGUGCUGAGUGUGCGCGCCGCGUUUCCCGACCUUCCCCAGAUGGCCAGCAAGGGCAGCGGGAGUGUCGUACGAGGCGCGCUCUGGAGCGGCAUCGAGUACAUCUUCGGAUUGGGGAAGAAGGACGAGAAGAAAGAGGAGAAGAAGGAAUAUGAGUUGGGAGAUACCAAGGCCCUCAUGAAGGGUGUGAGCGUGUUCUCGCUCAGGGAUGGGCUGGGUAUGCUCAUCACGGCGCUGGAGACGAAGCUUGGGGAGAUACCAAACGUGACCAUCGUCAAGGGUGAUGCUGCCGUCGAACUGAGCAAGACAGUUGAUGGCGGAUACCAGGUGAAAUCCGCUUCGGGUGCGACGUUUACUGCCUCUCACCUCGUUUCGGCUCUCCCUCUGCCAAUGCUCUCCACGCUUGUGCAAUCAUCUCCCACUGUCCCUAGCCUUCCUCAUCUGACCGCAAACGGUGCUUCCACAGUCGCCCUCGUUAACUUCAUUUUUCCCUGCGCGCCCUCGCGCCUGCACCCGCCCGGGUUCGGGUACCUCGUUCCUCGUCCGUCCGCAGGCUACAACGGCGCCGACGCGCCGGAGGACGCCAGUGCCAAAGAGAACCCGAUCGGUCUGCUCGGGACGGUGUUCGACUCGUGUGCUCUCGCAGACCAGGACACAAACGCCGCUAACGUCACGAAAGUCACUGCGAUCCUCGGCGGGCCGUACCUCACCGCGCCGGCGCCGCCGUCGUACACUGGGGAGUCAUUCGUCCCCGAUCUUCUCAAGACGCUAGAGGCACAGCUCUCGCUGUCCUCGCCGAUCCCCGAACCGCUGCUCGUGCGCGUGCACCACCAUACGGACUGCAUCCCGACGCUUGGAGUGGGGCACCUCACGCGCAUGGAGGAGCUGAAGGGCGUGCUGGAGAAGGAGUGGAACGGGCGGCUGGAGGUCAUUGGUGCCGGCGUGGGCGGCGUUAGUGUUGGUGCAUGCGUCGAGUCGGGGAGGAAUGUCGGUACCAAGUGGUAG